CGCCACCAUCACUCUUAAGCUGCAAAUUUGUUUUUGCGAGUCACUCUCACUUUCACUUCAUUCAUUAACUCAUUCCCGCCCCAAAAUUAAAAUAGCUUAUACCUAACGCGCAGAGAGAGAGACACUAUAAUACUCUCUCUCUCUCUCUCUCUGCUGAAACUUUUAGGGUUUCAUUCCAUCACCGUCACAAAUGGUUUCUCCGAAGCAACUUCUAUCAACACUUGAAUCAGCGCUUCUCGGUUCAUCUCCUCCAACGCCAUCGCAACGUGUCGAAGUUUUGCACGCCAUUCGCACUUCUCUUCAAUCCUUCCAAUCCCUUCUAUCGUAUCCGCCUCCAAAACCCUCUGAUCGAAGUCAAGUUCAGUCAAAGUCAAUUAGGCUUCAAGAUUCUUCUCUUAUCACUCUUGAUGACCAGGAUGUGCAAAUUGCACUCAAAUUGAGCGAUGAUCUGCAUCUAAAUGAAGUUGAUUGCGUUCGCUUGCUAGUAUCGGCUAAUCAAGAGUGGGGUUUAAUGGGUAGGGAACCGCUGGAAAUUCUACGGCUUGCAGCAGGACUCUGGUAUACAGAAAGAAGAUAUCUGAUAACAUCCGUCCAUCUUCUGUUGAGGGCUGUGGUGCUUGAUCAGGGACUUGAAGAUGAUAUAUUGGUUGACAUACAAAAAUAUCUAGAAGAUGUAAUCAAUUCUGGACUUCGACAGCGGUUGAUUUCUCUUAUCAAGGAACUCAAUAGAGAAGAGCCUUCUGGCGUGGGAGGUCCUCAGUGUGAACGCUAUGUUAUUGAUUCAAGAGGUUCUCUUGUGGAGAGGCAGUCAGUUGUCUCCAGGGAAAGACUUAUUUUGGGACACUGUCUUGUCCUUUCUGUUCUGGUUGUUCGAACAAGUCCUAAGGAUGUAAAAGACUUAUUCUCUAUUUUGAAAGACAGUGCUUCCGAAGUUAGUCAGAGCAAUAUUGCCAUAAAACAUCAGAUUACCUUUAGCCUUCUAUUUGCCCUUGUAAUUGCAUUUGUAUCAGAUGGUUUGAGUACAGUGCCGGACAAAGCAUCUGUCCUUUCUUCAAACACAUCCUUCAGACAUGAAUUUCACGAACUUGUAAUGGCCACUGGAAAUGAUCCAAUUGUUGAGGGAUUCGCUGGUGGCAUAAGGCUUGCUUGGGUGGUACAUUUGAUGUUAAUACAAGAAGGUGUUGCAGCAAGGGAAACUGUUUCAAGUGCUUCAUCAAAUGAAAUGAGUUACCUUAGUCAAUGCUUGGAAGUCGUUUUUUCAAAUAAUGUCUUUCAGUUUUUACUGGAGAAAGUUCUUCGAACUGCUGCCUUUCAGACAGAAGAUGAAGAUAUGAUAUAUAUGUACAAUGCUUAUUUGCACAAGCUGAUUACAUGCUUCUUGUCUAACCCUCUAGCUAGAGACAAGAUAAAAGAAUCCAAGGAAAAGGUUAUGAGUGUGCUUAGUCCAUACAGAGUUGUUGGAUCACAUGAUUUUGCACAGAACAGUAGCUCAAUUUCUCAACAAGGCACUGAAACAGGCUCUUUACCAUUUAAUUCAAUCUUGGACUUUGUGAGCGAAGUUUAUCUGAAAGAACCAGAGCUUUUGUUGGGAAAUGACGCGCUGUGGACAUUUGUAAAUUUUGCUGGAGAAGACCAUACAAAUUUUCAAACGCUUGUGGCUUUCUUGAAUAUGCUGAGUACCUUGGCUUCUAGUCAUGAAGGUGCUUCGAAGGUUCACGAGUUGCUGCAAGGUAAAGCAUUCCGCUCGAUUGGCUGGAGCACUUUGUUUGAAUGCUUAACAAUUUAUGAUGAGAAAUUCAAACAGUCCCUUCAAACGGCUGGAGCAAUGUUGCCUGAAAUUCAGGAGGGGGAUGCAAAAGCACUUGUCGCAUAUUUAAAUGUUCUGAAGAAGGUUGUGGAAAAUGGAAACCCUAUAGAAAGGAAAAACUGGUUUCCUGAUAUUGAACCACUGUUUAAACUGCUUAGUUAUGAAAACGUACCCCCUUAUCUUAAGGGCGCUUUAAGGAAUGCAAUAGCCACAUUUAUUCAUGUCUCUCCAGUGUUGAAGGAUAGCAUAUGGACCUUUCUUGAGCAAUAUGAUCUGCCAGUAGUUGUUGGGCCUGAAGCCCAGGGCAGUCCAUCCAUGGGUACUCAGGUUUAUGAUAUGCAAUUUGAAUUAAAUGAGAUUGAGGCAAGAAGAGAACAAUACCCUUCAACUGUAUCUUUCCUUAAUUUGAUAAAUGCUCUUAUUGCGGAAGAAAGAGAUUUGACUGAUAGAGGGCGAAGAUUUAUUGGAAUAUUUAGGUUCAUCUACGAUCAUGUUUUUGGGCCAUAUCCUCAAAGAGCAUAUGCAGAUCCAUGCGAAAAAUGGCAGUUGGUUGGUGCUUGCCUUAAACAUUUUCACAUGAUACUAACCAUGUAUGACAUUAAGGAAGAAGACUAUGAGGGUGUAGUUGACCAGUCCCGACUUUCAACAACAAAAGAAUCAUCAUCACUUCAGACACAACUUCCUGUUUUAGAGUUGCUGAAGGAUUUCAUGAGUGGAAAGACUGUCUUCCGAAACAUCAUGAGUAUUCUUCUGCCAGGGGUGAAUUCCAUCAUUGCUGAACGCAGCAGUCAAAUACAUGGGCAGUAUUUAGAGAACGCGGUGCAACUUUCUUUGGAAAUUAUAAUACUUGUCUUUGAAAAAGACUUACUUCUUUCUGAUUAUUGGCGUCCACUGUACCAGCCAUUGGAUAUUAUACUCUCACAUGAUCACAAUCAAAUAGUGGCUCUUUUGGAGUAUGUCAGAUAUGAUUUUCAACCACAAGUUCAGCAAUCAUCUAUCAAAAUCAUGAGUAUUUUAAGGCAUUCAAUACCUUUCCAUUUUCUUAUUCUCAAUUUAACAGAAUGUCAUUCUGAGUCUGCAAUUGAUAUAUUUGUGCUUUGUGGGUGCAGCUCUCGUAUGGUUGGGCUUGUUCAACUAUUGCUAAAAUCUAAUGCCUCAAAUAGCUUGAUAGAAGAUUAUGCAGCCUGCCUUGAGGCACGGUCAGAAGAAUCUCAGAAUGUUGAAAAUAAUAAUAAUAAAAAUAAUAAUGAUCCUGGCAUUCUUAUUCUGCAACUUCUAAUUGACAACAUCAGUCGGCCAGCUCCAAAUAUCACUCAUUUACUACUUAAAUUUGAUCUAGAUACGCCUGUUGAGCGGACAGUUUUACAGCCUAAAUUUUAUUACAGUUGCAUGAAGGUUAUUCUUGAUAUUCUGGAGAAGCUUUUGAAGCCAGAUUUAAAUGCAUUACUUCAUGAAUUUAGUUUUCAGCUUCUUUAUGAGUUGUGCAUUGAUCCAUUUACAUCUGCUCCUACAAUGGAUCUGUUGUCAAAUAAAAAGUAUGGAUUCUUUGUCAAGCACCUUGACACAAUUGGCAUUGCUCCACUUCCUAAACGUAACAACAACCAGCCGCUUCGUAUUAGUUCCCUUCAUCAGAGAGCAUGGCUCUUAAAACUUUUAGCAGUUGAGCUACAUGCUGGUGAUGUUAGUAGUUCCAACCAUAGAGACACUUGUCAGACAAUCCUUUCUAAUAUUUUUGGACAAGGUACAACUGGAAUUGAUGAAGACCAGGCCAUAUAUCCAUUUUCACUUCACGAUAAUUCUGGAAAUGCUGAUUAUAGAACUGUUAGUAAGAAUAAGGUAUUAGAAUUGCUUGAAAUCAUCCAGUUUAGAUGUCCAGAUACCACUACUAAGCUGUCAUAUACUAUGGCCGGCACGAAGUAUGACUUGCUGGCAGAAGACAUACUGGGAAAUUCUGGAAAAGGUGGUGUCUACUAUUAUUCUGAGAGAGGUGACCGACUAAUUGACCUUGCUUCCUUCCAUGACAAACUUUGGCAGAAAUAUAAUUCUGCAUAUCUUCAGGUGAGUAAUCUUGGCAGUGAAGUUGAGCUAAAUGAUGCACGAGAGACAAUUCAACAGUUGCUGAGAUGGGGAUGGAAAUACAAUAAAAAUCUUGAAGAGCAAGCUUCACAACUACAUAUGUUGACUGCCUGGUCUCAGAUUGUUGAGGUGUCUGCAUCUAGAAGAUUAGCAAUGCUUGAAGAUCGGUCUGAAAUUCUCUUUCGGAUCCUUGAUGCGUCUCUCAGUGCAUCUGCUUCUCCAGACUGUUCACUGAAGAUGGCAUUCAUAUUAUCACAGGUAGGAUUGACAUGCAUGGCUAAGCUGCGAGAUGAAAGGUUUAUGUUCCCAGGAAGUCUAAGUUCUGACAGUAUAACAUGCCUUGAUCUUAUUGUGGUUAAACAAUUAUCAAAUGGUGCUUGCUUGACCAUAUUGUUUAAGCUUAUCAUGGCAAUUCUUAGAAAUGAAUCAUCAGAAGCUCUUAGAAGACGCCAAUAUGCCUUGCUUCUUAGCUAUUUCCAGUAUUGUUUGAAUGUGGUUGAUCCUGAUGUUCCAACCUCAGUUCUUCAAUUCUUGCUGCUCAGUGAACAAGAUAGUGAAUAUAUUGAUCUCCCAAAGAUUGACAAAGAACAGGCAGAACUGGCUCGUGCAAAUUUUUCUACUUUGAGGAAAGAGGCUCAAAGCAUAUUGGACUUGGUCAUAAAGGACGCAACCCAUGGCAGUGAACCUGGAAAAACAAUAUCACUCUAUGUUCUUGAUGCGUUGAUUUGUAUAGAUCAUGAGCGAUAUUUCUUGAGCCAACUUCAAAGCAGGGGAUUUUUAAGGUCUUGCCUUAAUGCCAUAAGCAAUAUUUCCAAUCAGGAUGGUGGUCUCUCACUUGACUCUUUGCAGAGGGCAUGUACGUUUGAGGCUGUACUUGCUGUUCUACUAAGAAUCAGUCACAAAUAUGGGAAAUCUGGAGCACAGGUACUAUUUACCAUGGGCAUAUUGGAACAUCUUUCAUCAGGCAGGGCAACCAAUUUGCAGGGAGGAUUAAGAUGGGUUGAGACAAGACUUAGGAGGGAUAUGGCUGUGGAUAUUGAUAGACAACGGAUGAUUAUAACUCCGGUCUUGAGAUUAGUCUUCUCAUUAACUUCGUUGGUUGAUACAUCAGAUUAUAUGGAGGUGAAAAACAAAAUUGUUCGUGAAGUGGUUGAUUUUGUCAAAGGUCAUCAAUCACUCUUUGAUCAAGUUCUCCGUUUAGAAAUUGCUGAAGCGGAUGAAUUAAGAAUGGAGCAGAUCAAUCUUGUUGUUGGUAUUCUGAGCAAGGUUUGGCCAUAUGAAGAGAGUGAUGAGCAUGGUUUUGUUCAAGGGCUUUUUGGUUUGAUGAAUGUUCUUUUCUCUCGUGACUCAAACUCGAAGGUUCUAGGUUUUCCUCGAUCAAGAGUGUCCCCUGAGAAUCAGAGAAGUUCAGAGCUACAGAUAUUUAAGUUGUGCUUCAGUCUGAGCUCUUACUUAUAUUUUCUUGUCACAAAGAAAUCCUUGAGAUUACAGUCUUCUGAUGCCUCCUCCAAUUACCCUACUUCUGUUGGAUUUCAACAACCUACAUUGAGCUUGCUUAAUUCUCUACUCACUUCAGCUACAAAUGCACUUGAAAGGGCAGCUGAGGAGAAAUCCUUAUUACUGAAUAAGAUUCGAGACAUUAAUGAACUGUCAAGGCAGGAGGUGGAUGAAAUCAUCAGUAUGUGUGUCCGGCAAGAAUCUGUUUCAUCUUCUGAUAACAUACAAAAAAGGAGAUACAUAGCAAUGGUAGAGAUGUGUCGAGUGGUUUCUUGUACGGAUCAGCUGAUUGUUUUAUUGCUCCCGCUCUCUGAACAUGUGCUAAAUAUAUUCCUCAUCCACCUUCAGGAUUGCUCUGAUGCAUUUGAAUCUACCAUGACCACAAAAACAAUUACAUAUGGUGCAACGUAUGAUCCACAACAGGACUUUGCUUUGUUAUGUGGACAGUUAGUUCCAACCCUUGAACGACUUGAGUCGCUAAGUGAGGAGAAAUUAGGGCAUAAUCUCAAAGUAUUCUGCCGAUUAGCAACUUCUGCCAAAGAGAUUGCAAUCCAGAAGAUGGUUUAGUAAGUAUCCAUAAAAAUUCAAAAAUUGCUUGGAUUAACGGCCAUGUACAUUGUAUAUUAUGUCAGAGUCACAGAUUUGAGUUCAACCAGUAAGAUAUUAACAGUUGCAGAGUGGUGAGUGAGAUUUUGUAGUGUAUUGAUGAAAAGUUUUGUUUAAAUGUUGUAUUAUAUUAACCUAUAAUGUAAAGUCAGUAUUAGUAAUCAUCAUAUAUUUGCAAGUAGAGUGCUGCACUGCUAGCAGCAAUAAUUAUAUUUGUAGUUCUUCAAAAAAAUUAUAUUUGUAGUUACUUAUAUUAAUGUAGUAAUUAACGUUUGCUGUU